AAAUGUUUUCUUUUGCUCUGUCCUCUCUCCCGAAGCGAGCUCUUGGAUCCCCGUCCUGCUCACAGCCUGGGAGGUGAGGGCAAAGAGGAGCUCUGCUUCGUACAGGUUCCUGGAGCUGGAGAUUUUCUCCUGGAAGAGAAGGAUAAUCAGAGCAAAAAUCAGAGCGUUUCUUGUGGGAAAUGCUCUUUGCUGAGCUGCUCCCUGGGAUGGUCACGGUUCAGGGACCAAGCUGUCCUGCAUCUCCCAGCUAUCCCGCUGCACUUCCCAUGCUCUCCUCUGGAGUGAUUCACUGGGGAAGUGGGGUGGGGGACCAUUCCCUGCUGACUAAUGCUGUGUUUUGCCAGGGAAAUUUCACAGAAAGCUGCAAAAUUCAGUUUAUUCCUGGGUGGGAUGAAUCAUUUCCCAGUUUUUACACUGCAGCCACUGUUGCCUUCUCUAAAUGUAAAUAAGAGCUCAAGUGUGCAUGCAAAGGAAAAUAAACCUAGCUAUGGGAUGUUGCCCUCUUCUUGCAUUUGUUUUUGUACAGCUGCAGCUCGGCUGCUGAUUGUCCCCAUGGUCACCUUAAGUUAUAACACCUGUCCUGAGACACUUAAUGCUUGUUAAGUCCUUACUCAGGCAAAAAAAAUACCACUUUGUGGGGCUCCAGUCUCGGUUAUAAUACACAGAGCCCUGGGCAACUGGUGACAACAGACUGAGAGCUACAGGCCAAGUACCUUUCUUGAUUUGACCUGUUUUUAUCCCACUGCCAUCAGUGGACUCAUCUAGAUUUCCACUGAGAUAACUGGUCUGCAGCUGACGCAGCUGAGAACAAUAUAGGACAUAAUAGAAUAGUGGGAGGUCGUUUUCCUCACAGAGCUCUGCAGAGCUUUGGCUGCUCCAAAGCCUCAACUCAAGUGUAAAGUUUACAAACAACCUUAUGAAAAACCUGAGCAGAAGAAUUUGUCCUAGAACAGGAAAAGCCAUUCCCCCUUUUUUUUUGAGAAGCACCAAAAAUUCCUAUUGCUUUAGCAAGUGCUUCCAGUUCUGUGCCAGACCCCUGCAGAGGCCAGUGAGAGCCCAUUGUCCACAGCAGGUACGGGGUCAGCCAGGGCUUGUAGCAGCUGAAAGGUUUUGCAUCUGUAUGUGUGUCACUCUCCUGCCUGUCUCCCCAUCCAUCUGCCAUUUCAGCACCUCUGGCCCCACUUUGGGGCAGUGCUCGUGUGUCUGGGCACGUCCCGUUUUCUGUGAUGGGAUGGAAGUGCUCCUCUCUGAUGUGGGACUUUAGUGCUGACCUCCUAUGACUUCUCCUCUGUUAUCAUUCCUUUUUUGUGCCUACAGAGCCAGAGCAAAGUUAAGUCCCCUCAUACCCAGAUACCUCACACCCUCCAAGCUCUUCUAUCACAGAGGGGACCACUUCCAGCCCACAGCUCCAUGCCUUGAUCCACCACAGAUGCUCUCAGGGGGAUGUUGGAUGCCCAGGCAGGUGCAUUGGGCUUGGCAGGUCUGUGGGACAGGCUCUAGGAAACAGGGGGUGGGUGAAAAUCUGACUUUUACAGCCAGCCCAGUGCUCAGCCUGAGACCUGCUCCAGGCCAGCACUCGGUGUCCUUCACAGCUCAUGCUGGUGGUAAAACCAGUGGGAGACAAGGAGGUUUUGACAUUGUUAAAUCUAAGAGGGAGGUUGGGCAGAAACAUUUCUUUCUUGGCCUGGAGACAGGCAUUAAUAUUAGAUGUCGUGGGAGUACAUUUCUAGUGUGUGAGGGAGAAAGCUGUGGGGGAAAAAUGUAAAGCAUUGGUCAAGGGAGGACUUCAAAUUCAGACAGCCUUGCAGGCAGGAGCCAAAAUCCCUUGCUGCCUUUGUCAGAAGCUCAUCACAGCGACCUUAACAGUGCCAACAGAUCUGAUCUUCCCCCACUCUGAACUGGCAUAACUCCUCUGCUUCCAAGGGAACUUUGCCAGGCAGUGUCCCGGGGGAUUUCCUCCCAGCAUAAUGAAUAUUAGCACAUAAGACACCGAACCCUCCCCAAGAGUGGAGGAUUAAAUGCUCUUUUAAUGGGCUAUAAGCAGUUCUUUAGCAGCUGACACGGGCACUUGCUUGAGCAAAGGUUUGACCCAAUAAAUGGAACUGCGAAGCAAACAUUUUGCAAUUAAAAUACUGGCAGAAUUUUAAAAUGCUCAGUGCACUUAGGGAAUAAUUGCCUAAUGGCUGAGAAGGCUCCAACGGGGACCCUGGAAGGUGGUUGGUCCUGUGCUGGGUGAUGUCCUGCAAAGAGCUGAAGGAUGAGUCCAUCCUCUUCCUCACCAUCAAAUUUACACUUGGUAUCUCAGGGACUCAGGCAAAGGUUUCCCAAGCAGUUAGGGCCUCCCUGUGCCCUACCACGGUGUCACAGUGUCCGUGCCUCUGGCACACCAGUGGUGUGAGCUCGGUGCCAGUGCCACAGGGAGUCACGAUCCUGCUUCCAUCCUUCACCCCACUCCACAAAUGUUUCAUCCUCCACAGCUCCACACCUUUGGGAGUGUCCAGGGCAUCCCACACCAGUAAGAAACCAAGAUGCUCCUUAAGGAAAGGAUCCCUGCCCAGGACACAUGAUGGAGCACCGUGGACAAGGGUUCCACGCUGAAGGACGGGACAUGUGGUAGGAGGCAGCACAUCCCACUGAAGAGCGAGAGCCAGUCGUGCUGCACAGCCCAGGGUGCUGUGGGAGGGACAGGACAUGUGCCACCUUAGCUGCCUCCUCUCGGGACUCCUCCUCAUCCUCAGCACCACCAGCACCGAUGGCUUUGCCCGGGCAGGCCGCAGGGUCUGUGCUGCAGCGCCGCAGAGCCGGGCGGGCGCCUACACCGAGUCCCAUGUCCAGCCUGUCUACCAGCCCUACCUCACCACCUGCCAGGGCCACCGUGUCUGCAGCACCUACAGGACCAUCUACAGAGUUGCCUAUCGGCAGAGGUACAGGCAGCUGCCCGAGCCCGUGGCCUCGUGCUGUCCCGGCUGGAGCAGAGCAAACACUCACACACUCAGCUGUAACAGAGCUCUCUGCUGGGUGCCGUGCCAGAACGGCGGGAGCUGCACCUUCCCUGGCAGAUGUGCCUGCCCACCCGGCUGGACGGGGCGAGCCUGCCAGACAGAUGUGGAUGAAUGUGCCAGCCAGAGCCAUGGCUGCAGCCAGCUCUGCAUCAACACAGCCGGGAGCUACCGCUGCACGUGCCAGGAUGGCUUUGCCCUUGCUGCUGAUGACAAGAACUGCCGGCCCCUGGUGCCAGUGCCUGAGAUGGACACCUUCAGCCAAGCAGGUCCCUCCAAUGAAGUGAAGGAAGAAAUGAACGACCUGAGGAGCCGAGUGGAAGCACUGGAGCAGUGCUGGCCUCGGCAGCGAUCCCAGCAGCAAUCCCAGCUGUGCUCCAUGCUGCCGGCAGCACCCACGCCGCGGCUUUUCCAGUCCAGCAGCCCUUUGAACACCAGCAAAGCCCCACGAACCUGCCCUGAAACUCCAGCUGGUGCUGGCCCCUUUCCACAACCUCAUGCCAUCAGCGCCGGAGGACGUCGGCACAGACCCCGUCAGCCGACUGUCCCACUCCCUGCAGCAACUGGACAGAAUUGACUCCCUGAGCGAGCAGAUCUCUUUCCUCGAGGAGCGGCUGGAAACGUGUUCCUGCAAGAAUGAACUCUAGCUGAACACCCGAGGCCUUGGAACAAGCCGAGUGCAUCUGCAGCUCUUAUCUCACUCUCCAGCCACAGGCUGGGGACAAAGCCACAUCAUCUACAGGAAGGCACAGGGUACCAGGAGAAGGCUGGUUUCCCAUCAGCAUCUCCAUAAUUUUCUCUUCCAGCUCACCUUAUCAAAGGUCAUGCAGUUACUUCCAAACUGGACUCCGAGCCCUCCACAUCUCCCCCCCUUUCCUGCUGGAGAGGCAGCAAAUAAAUGCCUUACCUCGUGCCACGAGUGCCUGGCUGUGCCA